AAUUCAUAAUUUGAUGAAUUGAUGUAAUAAUGGAUUCAAAUGAUGACAAAUCAAUGGAUAUGCAAUUGAUAUCAAAAUUGUUUUUCAGUAAACAACCCAUUAAUAUCAUAACUGAUUAUUUGAGAGAUCACAUACAAGAGUUAUCAUCUGAUGAAACUCAAGAACAGCUAUUAAAUGCAACAAUUGGACACAAAUUGAUGAAUAAAUAUCCCCUUUCACUCAAAUACAGACAAUUGUUUGCUAAAAAAGUGAUACAACUCUUGGAAAGUGAAGACUUUACUAUUUGUGAUACUUUUUACAUAUUAAAUGGUCAUCUCUUGAGUCAAUCGAUGGACACAAUUAAAAACAAUUAUAAUUUUAAUUACUUAAAUUAUGUCCUGACUAGCGGUCAAAUUGUUAGUUUACAAGAGUCUAAUAAUUUGGUUAUCGACGGCACCACUGGACUCACCACUUGGUCUGCGGCUAAACAUUUGGCAUAUUUUAUUGAAUGUAAUCCACAUAUAGUUAAAAAUAAAAAUAUCGUUGAAUUGGGAUCAGGUGUUGGUAUGACUGGCAUUUGCGUAUUGAAGACCUGUUAUCCACAUUCAUACACAUUCAGUGAUCACCACCCGUUGGUCUUACAAGUGCUUCAAAAUAACAUCGAUAUUAAUAAUUGUGGUCAAAAUUGGCGUAUUUCUAAUAUUGAUUGGUUUGAUCCCUACUCUGUAGACAACUAUCUCAAUGCCAACGAUCCCGAUAUCAUUAUUGCAUCUGAUGUGACAUACGAUCCACAAGUUAUCGGAUAUUUAUGCGAUGUUUUAAAUAAGUUAUUAAAAAGUUGUCAUAAAAGACGAAAGUAA